AAACGGACGAUCCGAAGGACACACUACACCCCUCUUUUCUCUCUCUAGAAACCUUUUCUUUCUCUCUCUACAAUUCUCUCUUUUCCUUUCUCUCUCUAUAUAUAUUUUCUCUAUCUGCUGAAUCAGUAAAAUACAACACGCAGAAGAAGAAAAGUAAAAUGCUCUGUUUUGCUCUCUUCGCUUCUCUGUUUUCGCUUUGAUCUGUGGUGGUUUUGACUCUGAUCAAUGGACACGUUUUAGGCUGAUCAGAACCAGAAUUAGAGAAGGAAAAGUCAGAAAAGUGUCGGAGGGGUUCGAUCAUGGCUGUUGUUGAGAAUGCUGGGCUGAAUGUUGGCUCGUGGAAUCACAGCGAUUCGCGUGCGCCGAACGAUGCCGAUGAAUCGAAGCCGAAUCAUAUUGGGGCACCACAGGGAAAAAGUAACCCUAAAUUGCGGUCAAACGAUCAGAAUUUCCACGAGAUCGUUCGUCAUCAGCUACAGCAACAGAAGAUUAUUCCACAGCCGACGACGACGACGACGAUUGCUCAGACGAACGGUGGUAUCACUCAGAAGACUCAGAUCGCUCUGAUGCAGCACAGUAUCAACGGCAAUGGUGUUCAGGAUCAUCAGACUUUGGCUAAUCAUCAGCGUGAGGGUUUUAAGCGGGAGAUGAGGGAUUUGGAGGAAAUGUUGUCCAAGUUGAACCCUAUGGCUGAAGAAUUUGUGCCGCCUUCACUCGCAAACCAUGGACCAGUAAUGCCCUCUGGUGGACACUUCGGUUAUACUAACAAUUUUGUAAUCAACCCUAACUCAGGCAUCGCCAAUGGAAACACUGGUAGACGGAAGAAAAAUAACUCUAAUGGAAAGCGAAGGCUGAAUAGCAGGACUAGUCUGGCCCAGCAAGAAGAGGUAAUUAGGAGGACCGUAUAUGUAUCUGACAUUGAUCAUCAGGUUACUGAAGAGCAACUUGCAGGUCUUUUUAUUAGUUGUGGACAGGUUGUUGACUGUCGUGUUUGUGGUGACCCUAAUUCUGUUCUUCGUUUUGCCUUUAUUGAGUUUACUGAUGAGGAAGGUGCAAGGAAUGCUUUGAGUCUGGCAGGAACUAUGCUUGGAUAUUACCCAGUCAGGGUGUUACCUUCAAAAACUGCUAUUGCACCUGUUAAUCCAACAUUUUUGCCACGGUCUGAAGAUGAGCGUGAGAUGUGCUCAAGAACUAUUUAUUGUACGAAUAUUGAUAAGAAGGUUACUCAAGCAGAUGUCAAACUCUUUUUCGAAUCCAUUUGUGGAGAGGUUCACCGCUUGAGGUUGCUUGGGGACUAUCAUCACUUUACUCGUAUUGCUUUCGUUGAGUUUGUAAUGGCUGUUUAGUGGGUAAUUAUUUUGCCAUUUUACAUUGCUCUUUUGGUGUUUAGACUGUUAGUGGACAGGGAACAAGGUUCCAUCUAGUUCUUUGGUAAGUUUUUUAUUUAUUAGUUCUUCGGUGAGUUGAGUGCCUUUCCUUCUUUCUUUCUUUCUUUCUUGUUCUUGCAUUCUUAACAAGGUCGCAAUCUCAAUCUCUGUUUUUUUUUGGUCCUGUUCUGUUGAUCCAUAUUCUUUGUAAAUUCUUAAUUCUGUAGAAUGUCUCUCUCCGUACAUGUCACUGUUUCCUAUUUUUUUAAUUAGAGUUCUUGAACCAUGACAUCCAGCCUAGUGUUAAUGGUAUUCUAUUUAUUUAGAUCUUCUAUAUAAUUGAGAGGUUUAUUGAUUUGGGUUGGUUCUUGCCUCUGGCCUAGUGAAGUGUCUCUUGAAAUAGUUUAAUUUAAGAACUCGUGUAUUUUAUCUGCAAAAAAAAUUGAAUAUAUUGUUUUAUUUGUUGUUGUUAUUAUUUUGCUACAGAGAUUUGGGUACUAGAGGUUUUUUGUGGAUUUCUGUUGGAUGAUUGCAUUAUGUCUUGUGUGUAUGGUUGAACUUUUGUCAUUCAUUUGGUUCGAUUUGUAGAUUGACAAGUGCUAUACUUUUAUGCAUCAGAA